UCGCUUUCCCUCUCUCUGGUUCCCCUCUGAGCGGAGGAAGGUGCGGAAGUGGCUGGCACUGGCCGCGGCGUGAGGGUGUAUGAUACAGUGGAGCCCCCGGUGGCACAGCGGAUUAAACCACUGAGCUGCUGAACUUGCUGACCAAAAGGCUGGUGGUUCGAAUCUGUAGAGCAGGGAACUCAAGAAUAUUCAUUCAACAAGUUAGUUGGAAGACUGGUUUUGGUUUAUUAAAGACUAUGUCCAGAUCUGGAGGAAAAGGGGUGAACCUAAAGGAUAAACUAGAGGGCAAUGAGUUGGACCUCAGUUUGUGUGACCUGAAUGAAGUGCCAGUUAAAGAGCUGGCAGGACUUCCAAAGGCAACUAUUUUGGAUUUGUCUUGUAACAAUCUUACAGCAUUACCUUCUGACUUCUGUAGUUUGACCCAUCUCGUGAAACUGGACUUAAGUAAAAAUCAGCUUCAGCAACUGCCUUCAGACUUUGGUCGCUUGGUCAACUUGCAACAUCUGGAUCUGCUGAACAAUCGAUUAGUAACUUUGCCAGUCAGUUUUGCCCAACUCAAGAAUCUGAAGUGGCUGGAUCUGAAAGACAACCCCUUAGAUCCUAUGCUAGCAAAGGUUGCUGGAGAUUGCUUAGAUGAAAAAGAGUGUAAGCAAGCUGCCAUCAGAGUACUGCAGCAUAUGAGGACCAUUCAGUCUGAAUUAGAUCGUGAGAGGCAACGGAAGCUACAGGCAGAGCGAGAGCUGGAGAAGAAACGUGAAGCAGAUCGGCAAGCAAGAGAAGCCCAAGAGAGGGAACUUCGUAAGCGGGAGAAAGCUGAAGAAAAAGAACGCCGAAGAAGGGAAUAUGAUGCCCUGAGACUUGCAAAAGAGGAAAUGACGAAACAACCAAAGAAAGAAACGGAGUCCUCAACUUCCCGUCCAUCACAUCCGCCCCAACACAAACGCUCUUGGUCCAGAGUCUUAUUGAAGAUACUGCUGCUCCUGCUCUUAGGUGCCUUGAGUACAUUGGCUGUUUGCAGGGUUACAGAGCUGCGGCACCAACCUGUCUGUAUUAGUGUCAAUAUGCUCUAUGAAGAUACACUGACCCUUUUACGAAGUCGUGAAAUGCUUCAGAACGUCCUACAGCCAAACUCACAGCAAUAACACUGCUUCAGCUUUGGAGGACUAUUCCUUAGACAGUGUCUCCUGCUGAUUUUACAUCAGAACAGCUAGGAUUCCUAUGGAAUUGAGCUCUGAUGAAAAUUGCUGACAGAUCAUUCAGCUUUGGUGGCCUACAUAGAACUGAGCAGAAUAUCUGCUAGUAUCUUUUCCUUCCCCACUUUCUAUUCCCAAGGCAAACGUCUUAAUUUUCCUUCCCCAUAGCGGAGAGUCUGCAAAACGCAGGUUUUGGGUCUCUAGAGCAAGUCCCAUAUUCUUAACAGCUUGGCUCCAUUUUGUCAUCUUAAGAAGCCUUUAUAUUUAGUUUUUGAAUGUUAUUGCUACAGGAAAUCCAUAUUGAUUUGGGGAAUUAAUUCUAUGCUAGGAUGGCUAAAUUACCCAGUGGAGAAUGAAGCUAAUAACAUGCUGGCUAAUAUUUCAUAUUUAAUGCUCAUCAGCUUUAUGUCUGAUCUGUGGGUGGAUGUCUUUUAUAUACUGUAGCUACUAACUAAACAACCCUAUUGCGGAAGUGCACAACUCUGUAUACAUCCACAUCUGUUAAAAUGUGAUCUUUCUGUACACUUGCCUCAUUGUAUCUUUGCUGUACUAACCAGGAAGUGUGCCGCCAAGGGCUUGUGAAUUCUGCACCACAAAAAUUAGGAAUAAAUGCAUUGUUUUAUUAAUGUCAUUUUAAAAAAGUAAAAUAUAUUUUUACAUUUUGUAUGCUUACAAUCUGGAUACAGUUCUGUCCAUGCGCCAAAGUGCUAUUUCUUGAUAAUUGUCACAUUAAAGAGAGUAAGUCAUUACAUAUUUUAAAAAA